AUGAAGUUGCUCGCUGGUUGUUGCUUGCUCGCCAUUGCAUUGUUUCAUUAUUCAGAUGCCGGUUGUUCUUGUCCACUGCAACAUCCUCAGCAAGCGCUCUGUGAUGACAACGCCUUUGUACUGAAGGUCAAAAUACUAAACAGAAAGACGUUGUCAGGUGGACCAAGAUCAGAACGCCGCGUUUAUAAAGUUAAAGUCUUAAGGGAUUACAAGAACACAUUUGACCCUAUUCACGGAAAUGAAAAGAUCUACACGAGUAGUUCAAAGGAACCCUGUGGAGUAUAUUUCAGUAGGAAAGUAACAUACAUCAUAAGUGGAUAUAAAUCUGGCGGGAGGUUUGUGACAAGUUCCUGUUUCUGGAACCAGAAGAUCUGCACCGUCACGCGCUUCCAGAAAUUCGCUCUCAAGACUGGUCUAUACAAAUCCAACUGUCAGUGCAAGAUCAAAGACUGUACAGACGGAUUCUGCAAUCCCCCAACGAGAGAAGACUGUGUCAUCAAAUCAAACAGAGGCUGCUUCCUAGAAAAGAACGCAUGCGUCCAGAAAUCAAACUAUGGCUCCCUGCAUUGUGGCUGGAAAUCAAAUACUUGUGACUCGGAUUCCACCUUUAAAGUCAACAAGCAGGUUGUUUAUGAACCCACGGAAACCGAGGUUCUAAAUCAUAAGACCUUCGAACAGACUGUACACAGAUUGUUUGAUCCACCUGCGAAACCAGACCAUGGGCCAGAGUACAACCACGCAGCACCAGGGCCGUACACAACACACGUCCAAAAAAUCGUCGAUCAUGUCGGGGGAAAUGUUGGCCACUAAAUUCAUUUUACCAACAUUUUUGAAAUAUAUUUAUGUAACAGAUUUUUUUAAUGUUGAUAUUUAAGUUAUGCAUUUGUUUUGAAUUUGAAAAUAAUCUUUUA